AUUUAAUGGCCGACAACAACUAUGACUGCGUAGGCUCAACCUUACUAUGUGAAGAGACGAACAGUCUGUGCUUCAUUGAUCUUGGCUCUCCGGCAACGGAUGAGGUAACCCAAGAAACCGGUGGUUAUAAAGGCUUCAUCUUUGACACUGGAAGGUUACAGCCAUUGAUUGAUUUGCCAAGUCUAUGUGAGGAAAGCUUUCGUUUAAUGGUGGAAAAGGAGAUUCAGUAUAUGCCUAGACAAGAUUAUCUUAAAAGAUUGAGAUGUGGAGACUUGGAUUUGACUUUGAGAAGAGAUGCGGUUGACUGGAUUUGGAAGGCUCACAGGCAUUAUGGAUUUGGAGAUUUUAGUUUUUGUUUGUCAAUCAAUUAUUUGGAUCAUUUUCUCUCCAUGUAUGAAAUGCCA